ACGCGCUCCGACAUGAACAGCCACUGUAACGGGAAGGUCAAUGACGCGGUGGAGGAGUUCAACGGAUUCAACGACCUCAUCAUCGACACCAAGAAGUCCACGACGCAACGCAAGCACGAGACGUCCCGGAAGGAGGCCGAGGACCAGUCCCGCUUACCCGCCAUCGAGGCCGCCUACACCAGCAUCCUGCGGGAGCUGGGGGAGGACGCGGACCGCCAGGGUCUGCGGCGCACCCCCCUGCGCGCAGCCAAGGCCAUGCAGUUCCUGACCAAAGGAUACCACGAAACUGUGGACGACAUCUUAAAUGAUGCCAUCUUUGAUGAGGACCACGAUGAGAUGGUGAUUGUUAAGGACAUAGACAUGUUUUCACUGUGUGAGCAUCAUCUGGUGCCCUUUUUUGGCAAGGUUCACAUCGGGUAUAUUCCCAACAAAAAAGUGGUUGGACUCAGCAAACUAGCCAGAAUUGUGGAGAUCUUCAGUCGAAGACUUCAAGUUCAAGAGCGUCUUACCAAGCAAAUUGCGAUGGGAAUAUCAGACGCUCUGCAGCCGAAAGGUGUAGCUGUGGUGAUUGAGGCAUCGCACAUGUGUAUGGUGAUGCGUGGCGUGCAGAAGAUGAACAGUCGUACAGUGACGAGCACCAUGUUGGGGGUUUACCUCGAAGACCCCAGGACCCGGGAGGAGUUCCUGACUCUUUCACAGCGUAUCUAAUCCGUUUCAUACAACAUUCACUCCUGAGCAUCUGUGUAGUCGCACACAACAGCUCCAACCAGAGGAUCCACAUCUGACUUUAGCCAAAAAAAAAAAAAAAGAUCAGAAACCAGUGGCAGGAAAACGUGAUGUAGGAUCCAGGCCAACGCUGGAGCUCACCUCAGUACACAGAAGCCUAAGCCAUGAUCUCACUUUACUCAACUCAAGGAUUUCAACCACUGGAAUCACUGAAAUCACUGUGAACAAAAUAUACAUGUUAGUGCCUUUAAGGAGCUGUGUCGGAGAUAUUUUACAGCCUUAAGCGGCUUUUAUUUAGUAUGAAACCGAGUGCAAUGUUGUCAUGUAAUUUCAGAUUUUUCCGUUGUAUCUGAUGGGAAAUUUCACUGGUGCUUUUGCGAGGUGGUGCUCUUACCCUGUUCUUGCUUUAUUAUUGUAUUCGAUUAAUGAAUGAGAAUAUCUGCUUAUGUAAAUGAUUUAACAAAUGUCGCCUUUAUGAAUGCAUUUAUAUAUAUAUAUUACUUGUAAUAUACGACAUUUUUAUGAUAACAGAACUGUAAAGAUGAUUUCUGCAGUUAGCAUAGUAGUAGAUAUAGAUGUAUUCUGUAGUUUUUGUUUUAUCAGUGAUCAGUGUAGCAUGUAUGUUAAAGGUUUAAUUGCUUUAAUAAAAUCACUUAAAUUACAAAAAUGGUCAACUUGUUUUUGUGUCCAUCUAUAAGAGAAAACUGCCUGUAAGUA